UUCGAGUUGUGCGCGUGUGCUCGUCCUUGCGGGGCCCCGCGUGUUCAGUGACUCAGUACUGCUCUCGGGAUCGGUUGCUCUGCACUUUCGGCACUACAUUUAGCGACUCUUCCCGGCGUGAAGAAUUAAUUGAAAAGAAUGUCCAAACUGGAGCAAAUCCUUAUUCUUGACCCACCGAACGAUCUUAAAUUCAAAGGACCCUUUACAGAUGUUGUUACUACAAACUUAAAAUUGAAAAACCCCUCGGACAGAAAAGUAUGUUUUAAAGUGAAGACAACAGCACCACGUCGAUAUUGUGUACGACCAAACAGUGGAAUAAUUGACCCAGGGACCACGGUUGUUGUCUCAGUGAUGCUACAGCCAUUCGACUAUGAUCCGAAUGAAAAAAGUAAACACAAAUUUAUGGUACAGACUAUUUUUGCUCCUCCUAAUAUUACAGACAUGGAGGCAGUGUGGAAAGAUGCAAAAUCUGAUGACUUAAUGGAUUCCAAACUAAGAUGCAUUUUUGAGCUACCUUCUGAAAAUGAGAAAGUGAAUGAUAUUGAACCUAGUAAAGCAACACCAGUACUCAACUCCUCUAAACAAGAUGGCCCUUCUAUGCCAAAACCAACCAGUAUGUCACUGGAUGACACUGAGAUGAGGAAACUUAUGGAGGAGUGCAAGCGGCUCCAGUCAGAAGUAGUUAAAUUGUCAGAUGAAAACCGACAACUGAAGGAUGAAGGCUUGAGAAUGAGGAAGGUAACCCGACAGGACAACAUGGUACCAAAUACAGGAGGAUUGAUGGGUAGAGACAACAGCAGUAACUCACUCCCUUCUCUCCUUGUUGUAAUUGCGGCCAUUUUCAUUGGAUUCUUCCUAGGGAAGUUCAUUUUGUAGAGGAAAAAGCAUGCAACUGUGGUCAUUGGGCCUGGGAUUUUUUUCUUUAUUCCUCUUUGAUCUGCCAUAUCAUUGGUAGUAUGGCCCACAGUGACAUGUUUGUGUACAGCAUCAUCAACAGGCCUUGCCUUUAACGAUCUCACACGGUUAGUUAACACAGAAAAAGAUAAAGGUAUUCUUUUUUCAGUUCUGGGUAGGGGAAAAUCUAAAAGAUGUAUAUUGUCAAACAUCAGUUACCAGAAUGUCAAGGUUAUACAAAGACCUUGGUGAAAGUCGUAAAUAAAGAAUCGUCCUCUCUUUCUGUGGUUUUAAUAAGAGUUGAUUGAAAUGUUAAGUGUCUUGUAAAUGUUAUUUUAAUCCUUUUAAAAACAAAUUUUGCUACCUGUUGCUGGAUUUGCCUCUUGAUAUUCAAUUUGUUAGUCCACUUUGUAAUCUUUCUCUGGGAAUGUCAAGAGGUAUGCCGGGGAAAAUGGUGCCUCCUUCAUUGUAAAUUGCUCACCUUAUUCCUUUCUACUCCUGUCAAUGCAGACUUUUUUUUCUUUCUUGCCACUGGUUAUAUAUCCUUUGUGAGGCAAUUGUUGACUGAAUAAAAGCUAUUCAUUCUUACAAUCCUGUCCCAUGGUAUUUAACAUUAAAGAAGUUAAACAAAAA